CAGUCACCGUUGCGUCGUCGUCUCGGGCGUCGCCUCCGAAGAGGAAAAAAUCGAAGGCUGCCUAACGAAUCCAAUCACGAAUAUGGGUUGCCUUCUAUUAGACAUUGACUUUGACGAGGCUCUUCGCUUCGUGGGGGAGGGGUAUUCCGUACGCCGACCGCACGUGACUAACCAUGUCUUCUCUGUGACCAGCCCCGACGCCGAGGUCGGGGUGCAUGUGUCGUCCAUGCGCUACGGGCUUCGAUUUCCUCCUCAUGAUUUGAUAGUCCAAUUCCUGAACUUCUAUCGUCUCCUCCCCGGCCAGCUCAGUCCCCAUUCCUACUAUUGUUUUUCUACUUUCCAGAUCAAGUGCCAUUUGAAAGGAGUCCCCUGGUCAUUGGAUCUGUUUAGAUAUAUGUUCAAAGUCUCCAAGAUCCGAGCGCGUGAGGGAAACUCGUACACCGUUGUGUCUUCUCAGACUAAGUGUGGUAUGGUCGUCAUCCCCACGUCCCUCAAACUCUGGAAUGCGAAGUUUGUCUUCGUCUCAGGCUUUCCCGGGGACCGGGACCCUUUCACAGCCAGGUUUCCUGAGUGUCAUACUUUCAUUCGCCACCCUCGUCCCGACCCCACUCUAGAGCUUCUCGCACACGCACAGAAACUCCUGGAAGACUGCCGGCCCAAACCGCCCCACGUAUACACGGUGUGCACGAAGCAGAACCUUGCAAAGGUGGGGAUCCUCAUCUCCCUCGAACGACAGUUCGAGUUGGCCGAGGUCGUGCGGGGGGGUUGUCCCAAGCAUGGGCUCGAAGAGACUGCCUCUGGGGCUGAAGAGGACGAGGAGAUUGAGACCGACGAGGAGUCAGGACAGCGGUCCUACUCCGAGGAUGCCAUCGACGCGGAGCCUUCCAGAGGAAACAUGCAUCUACUUGACGUUGCGCGGAAAGCCAAGCUGUUAACCCAGAGCCAGGGCCGAGAAGAGGAGGUUCGUCGUGAGCCACCCUCAGGAGACACGUCCGAGUCUGCCGCGACCAUCCCCGACCGGGAAGUGGUUCCGACCCGGAACCAGAGAAAAAGGAAACUCAUCCAAGCCGAGGAAGAGGAGACCGCGUCCGAGCUGGACGUGAUUCUGACUCAGAGUCCUCCGACAAAGCGCCCGACGAUUUCUGAGGAUGGGAAGUUCUCCGCUCUCCUUGACGAGGGGGGUGUGAAUGUGCAAGCCGAGGCUGAGGCCGGGCCCUUGACCAUCGUGUUGAAAGACGAGGGCGAGAUCUUGUUGUCCCUGCAGAAGACCGUGGACGGGUUCCAGCAAGCAAUGCAAAAGACCGUUCAAGGGCUCCAUCAAGAGCUAUCUCGCUUAAGAAAACUGGCAGCUGCCGAGCAUGAGACGGCUGUCGAGCUCGAGAUGCAAGCCAUAGUGAUGUCCGAGGAGGUUGUCAGGCUGAAGGGUCUCUUGAGAGAGUCAGAGGAGUCGGCCUCCCAACUGACGGCUUCCAUGGCCGAGCUAGAAAGGCGGCUGCGCCAAUCUAAGGGCCGAAUAGCCGAGAUGGACGUCGAGCUGGCCAGCGCUCUCUAGAGGCGGAGCGAGAUCAGGCAAUUGCUGAAAAAGAGCAAGCCGUCGCUGAGAAAGACCAAGCCGUUGCCGAGAAGGAGCGAGCCGUCUCCGAUUUCCUUUAGUCCCCGGCCUUCAAGGAGGCCUGCAUGGAAAAAUUCGCUGACUACUAUGACAGCUGGAUCGAGACCGAGGCCGGCAUAAAGAAGAUGGGAAAGG